UCGUACCAUCAUGGACGACAGCCACGGCCGGCGGCGUCUGUGGCGGGGGAUUGGGAAGCAUCGUCCUCGUCCGGCCGGAGGAGGAAGAGGUCUCGUUACCGUCCGCCCUCGCCGCUGACGCCAGUCCAAUCGUCGUCGUCACCGUCGUCGUACUCCCCGACUUGCCCGUCCUACUCGCCGACGUCGUCGCUGCCCCCUUCGCCGGAGUAUUGGCCGCAGCGGCAUGACGAGGAUGUGAUGACCGGAGAUGAGGAGCACGGUUCGGACGGUCCGGUUCGCCGCGAGAGGGAACAGGAGUUCUCGGAUGGAUCUGACGGUUACGGUGGAGCGGAAGAUGGGCAGGAGGAGGAGGAGGACCGGAAUGAAAGCGAGGGAGAACAGGAGUACUCGGAUGGAUCUGAGGAAGGUGAGCAGCAGGCGCAUGAUAUUCAGGAAGACGAAGAGGAACUACCGCAGCCGCAGCCGCACGGCGAGGAGGAGCAGCAGCAGCGAAGUGAUGGAUCCGGUGGUGAUAAUGGCGUGGAGGACGAGCAGCAGGUAGGAGAAGAACAGCAGCAGGAAGAAGAGGCGCCGCAGGCACAUGGCGCGGACGUCGCCGCCGUCGCUGUUGCUGGUGGGGACGAUGACCUCGCGGCGGCGCCGCGGCCGUCAUCGCCCGCACCGUCGCUGCGCUCGGAGAGUUCAUCGGUCGUCGUCGUCGGGGAAAUGACGGUGGACCGCACCCACGCGCUCGACUGCGGCAUCUGCUUCCUCCCGUUGAAGCCUCCCAUCUUCCAGUGCGACGUGGGGCACGUGGUGUGCUCGCCGUGCCGCGACAAGCUGGCGGCGGCCGGCCGGUGCCACGUCUGCCGGGACCCGACCGGCUUCCGGCGGUGCCACGCCAUGGAGCAGAUGGUGGACUCGGUCCGCGUCGCUUGCCCGCACGCCGCGCACGGCUGCGCCGACAGGCCGGCGUACCACGACCGGGGACGCCACGCCCGCGAGUGCGCGUACGCGCCCUGCCGCUGCCCCGGCGGCGGCAGCGGCUGCGGCUUCGUCGGCCCCGCGCCGGCGCUCGCUGAGCACGCCGCCGCCGAUCACGGCUGGCCGUGCGCCGCCGAGGCCGCCGCCGGUGCCUCCUUCGGCGUCGACCUCCGCGACGGCUUCAACCUCCUCACCGCCGUCCGCGGCGGCGCCCAGAAUCUGCUCCUGCUGAACGUGGCGAGCACGCCGUUCGGCCGCGCCAUCUCCGUGGUACGGGUCCUCCCUCAGGUGGCCUCCACGGGCAGCUCCUCGGCGCCGGAGGCGAGUGGCGCGAAAUGCGAGCUCGAGCUCAUGUACUGGCGCUACAAGGGUUUCCUACGCGAGCACUGCCUGAUGUCCCGCUUCGAGGUCCCAUCCAUGGAUCCCUCGGACGCGCUGCCAGAUCCCAGCGCCUCCUUCCAGUUCUUCGUCCCAAAGAGUGUUCGUGGACACGACGACGCUGGUCUUCACGUCAAUGUUGUUAUCGCCAUCAACUCAUCGUAACCAAGCAGAUCGAUCGUCAUGCAGAUCGACAUGCACCAAGUGUUGGUGAAUAAAUUGGUUUGGGGUGGUCAAAGUUAUUGUCUUUAAUUCUACUAUAUGUUUGCUUUAGUCGUUUGUCACU